GUAUGGGAGUAGUAUAAAAUCCAAGCUGGUGUCACAAUAUUUUUUGUGCGAUAGAAAAGUCCCAUCCUAAACUUAAAAAGAGAUAUGGCCUCUAGAAUGACAACUAGCUUUGCCACUUUGAUUGCAUGCUUGCUAGUUUCACAGGCUUUUUUGGACCAGCCGGGGCGGCCGGAGAGUGUGGGAAGACGCCCAUUCAGUCCGCGGCUACCAGUUUAAGCCCAUGUUUGGCCGCCGCAGGGAACGCUAGGGCUAAUGUUCCCCCAACUUGUUGCACCAAAGUUAAUGCAUUGAUCAAGACAGCCCCGAAAUGCCUCUGCGCUGUCUUACUGUCGCCUUUGGCGAAGCAAGCCGGUAUCAAGCCCGGGAUUGCAAUCACCAUUCCAAAGCGAUGCAACAUCAAGAACAGACCGGUUGGAAAGAAGUGCGGAAGGUACACCGUCCCAUGAGAUCGAACAAAGCUCAGAGCAUCGUAGUAAACCCUAGUGUUUAUGAGUUUCCUUUGUGUGUUAGUAUAAUUAAUUAUUACUACUCCAGUAAUAAUUGCUAAAAUAAGAGUUGCUUUGAAGUAGUAAUAUUGGGUCAUACACUGUUGUAGCGACCCAAAUCAAAUCAAGCAACUGUAUUUGCCAUGUGAUUUCAGGUUGAAGUAUGUAUGUGUACAUAUAUAUGUGUGUGUGAACAUCGAGAUGUAUUAAUGGAAAUCUGCUUCAUCCU